CAUAUAGUAGAUGGCGCUGCAAUCGGAGUGAACCAUACAGCAUUCUCUAAAGGUAGUGUAAACCGGCGAUGCCAUGGGAAGUGAAGUGAAGAGUGAGAUCAUGCGAGAAGUCCAGGAUGUCAUUCUCAAACUAUGUACUCAAAAACUCCACUUUGGUGCCUCUUUAGAGAUAGAUGGCAUUAUAUGUAUAUCUCCUGGGGACAGUUUACCAGAGAUCGUGAUCAAAAUACAUAGAACAGUGGUCAAACCAAAAAAUAAUGACAGAGACCUGGGCUACAAAUACCCAAACUACUAUAGCGAUAUAUCUACAGCUGGUGCUACUGAAUGGUCACAUGGAGACCAGGAUUUUGAACCAACCAAUCAGAGUACACUAGGCACACAUAAAUGGCCAAUAACAGGAAUUACACGACAAAGAAAAUCCAGGCCAUCGUCUAUCAGAAAAAACUAUAACCCAAUGAUUGAGACUAUAACCAAACCAGAUAUGAAUGUAACAGAAGACGAUCUAAGUCUUGUAACAGGUGAACAUACUGACAAAGAAUAUGGUGAAGAUUCAGCUGCUAAACUACAACCAGAAGAGCAUGCCACUCCUGCAAAUGAACUAGCCACUGAAGAGGAACAUCAUCAGUUGGAACAAACAAUGCCAAUUAAACAAGAAGGUGCUGAAGAUAUUAGAGAAAGGGUGGAAUAUAAUGAUGGGCCAGCCAUGAAGUAUGUGAAACAAGAACAACCCUCUGUUAGUGAUGAAGAGGUUCAAGAGACUCAGCAAUCAAACAACAUGGCAGUAUUUCCCAAUCAGUGCAUGGUAGAGGGAACGUCACCAACAGAGAGCGCUUCGAACAGAUUCUCACAACUUGAUGGAGACGCGUUUUAUGUUCACCAAUCAUGGGAAGAUACUGUUAAAUUAAACCCUGAUACUGAUACCAGUGUAAUAGACUACACAGCUAAACAGACAGUAGACAAUGAAAUGAACAAUGUAGUAGACAAUAUGGCCAAUCCACUGAAAACACAAUCCAAACCAAUCUUCUCACAUUUUAAGCUGCUGUCAAAUUCAAAAGUUUCUCCAAGAAAACUGAAGCAAUUCAAAUGUAGUAUUUGUUCGAAAUCGUUCACCACAAGGUCUCAUAAAUAUCGUCAUGAAAGUGAGAUACAUUUAGAGCCAGAUAAGAAGUUUGCCACAUGUAAUAUUUGUGCAACUUUAAGAAUUCCCAAAGUGCCAAUGAGAAGCAUACUUGGAGGUAAACGGUCGCCAAAACAGUAUUAUCCACACUGCACUAAGACAUCGCAAAUUGAGAGUGUCCAAGAAUCAAGUGCAAACUACACAGUUGUGCACCAAACUGUUCAAGCUGUUGACCUGCGUACCAUAAGUGACUUAAGUGUACCCCUUGAUCAUAUUAAACCCACUGACAACCUCAAAGCUCUAUCCAUUGAUAGUUUAAAAUCUGAGGAGAGUAUAGAUGGGGCUACUGGUAAUGAGGAUGAUGAACAUGAUAUGAUUGGACAAAACAGACUUCAGCAUAUCAAUCAGAGUUGGUCAUUUUGGGCAAGUAAAGGUAAAUCGAGAAGCAAGGCUGGUGACUCGGAUAGAGUGACAUGUGAAAUCUGUGGUAAAUCUUUCAAAACUGUAUAUUUUCUAAAGACUCAUACAGAAGAACAACAUGGCAAUAGAGCGGAAAAAGAUGUUGAAUGUGAUAUCUGUCAUAAAAAAUUUCAUAAGAGAUGGCUGAAGAAACAUCGGGAAAAAGUCCACAAUACACUUGAUUGA